AUCCUAUACAGUGUACAAGAGAGGCAUUUCCUAACAUUCCCACCAUGCCACUGACUCUCACAUAUGUUCUGCUGGGAGUGUCCUGCGCUUGCAUCCUGUUUGAAAAAUUUAGAGUGAGCGCAGAAAGUGAUAAACUACAACUAGGACAAGAUCAGGAACUAUCAGGCCUCCCAGAAAAGCCUACAGGAGUCCAAACAAGGCGCAAACCAUUUAGGAGGGAAAGUUACCAGUUUCCAAUCGUGGAGAAAGGAGGCGUUCCUUAUUAUGACUUGGGCGGAAUAAAUGACACGACACUCGACAUCUUCCGUAAUAAACAAAGGGUGAAAGGAAUUACAGCCACCCAUGGGAACUGCAAGAUCCAAUUACUGUAUCUGGAUACGCAUUAUCUACUGGACGAGGAACUGAUCACAAACUGUCCCAACAUUAGCCUCAGACUGAAAGGCGAAAGGUGGAGGUGCUUGCAAGACGGGCUGAUGCUGCUUCGGCGAGGGGUGGAGGUGAACAUGACGGAGGCGUUUUGCAUGGAUGCUUGGUUAGAUGAACCGCCUCCUGGUAAGCCAAGGGUAAUAGCUCAUAAAUACCCGAUGGCAAAGGGCCUUCAGAAGUUCAUGGAAUUCGAUAUUGACAACUGCUCCGUCAAAAUGUGCAUCUGUAGAUGGUACUUCAAGGAAGAUUCUUAUGCUUUGAAUGUAGACUGUGAUGGUGUUGGACUGACAGACGACAUGCUGCCCACUCUACCUGAUAAAGUUCGAAAACUAAUGCUCAGAAACAACAAACUUCGUUCAAUGGAAACUCUGAUCGAGCGCCUGCUGCCUCAUCACCUCACCCUUCAGGUCGUGAUACUCGACGGCAACUUCAUAGAGGAGCUCCCUCACUUUCCUAACGGCACCUUCCCAAAAAUCAUUAAUCUCUCUCUGAAUUGGAAUAAAAUAGAGGAGAUAGACAUCAAAGUUUUCAAGGAGCUCAUUACGAGGAAGGAAUUGAUUAUAAGCUUGACAGGCAACACGUUUCCGUGUGACUGCAAUCUCUACAACUUCAAGGUUUUCCUUGAAGAAAAUUACUUGAGACACUGGAGCUCCUUCAAAACCAUCAUGUAUAUGGAAUGCAAGUACAGAGACCAAGAUAAAAAAGUGAAGAUUUAUACCUUGCCUGAAGAACUCUGCAAGACUUGGCUGGACGGGUGGAAGCCGGAAUAUUGGUGGUGGGUUAUUAACUUCACACUCGGUGUCCUUAACAUGAUAGUGAUUAUCCUAAUGGUCGACAUCAUUUGUAUCUGGAAGCACGUGGGAUGUAUGAGUGAGCGAGUACCUCUGAUGGGCCGCUUGAUGUGUCUGUUUGGGCUCGCACAUCACAAACUGGUGACGAAUGAAAAUACGAAUAAUCGACAAAUGGUUACAUUUCGAAGUGACAGCUUUUGAUAAUAGUAUACAAUUGAGUAAGAAAGUAAGUGUUUAUUGACCAUAAUUAUAAUGAUAUGAAUAGUUUCAUAAUAAAAGUGAUCAAAUAGACAAAUAAGCAAAGAAAUAAAAGAUAAAAGAAAAAUAAUAGAAAAUAUGUAUUAAGAUUGCUACCAGAAGUCCAGUGUUGUAAAAGCUACUUUGUUACAAAGCAGUGAAAUCAUAAAGAAAAGAAAGAAAAGAAUUAAGAAAAAGAUUGUGCAUCAUUCUCAGUUAUUUUAAGCCAACACGUCAAAUCACAUCGCCUUCUUACAUCCCCAGCUAUCGAACACCCUCCGUUUGCACCGAACGGACAGAUCCACCGCCACCUUAAUUUCCGCGCUGGCUCCAACGACCCGUCUCGAGUGCCCACAGGCGAUUAAAUGGAAUUCAGUGUUGCUCAUUGAGAUUACCAGUAACCCCUUCAAUACUGCGUCACAUAUUUACCUUGAGAUUUGUGUACGAUUCGGCCAUUUUAUUGACAUUAGGAAGGGUCUAUGGAGGACAGAAGAUUAAUGGCCACAGUUACACUAUUCUAAUGGCCCACAAGAGUUCCUAAAACUAUUUAAAGUCACCAACUAGUAAGCAGAAUGAAUAUGGAAACGCGUCAUGGUAUUCAAGGGCUUAAUAGCACCACAGCUGUUAUACAAGGGGAUGAACUGUUAAGGAGUAGUUCAUUAAAAAGGUAACUUUGUCCUCUGGAUCAUACAGAGCUGUGGUUUAUAAACUCUCUAGCAUGACAGCACACUAAGAAAGAACUAAUAUUGUUUACAACAUAUUUACUCUUUUAAGUGUUUUUAUAUGAUUAAAAGACAACUGUUAUGAUUAAGUUAUGAUGACCUAGUUCCAAUACAACGAGUGUCGCCAGUGUUCUGGAAAAUAAUAAUACCUGUUAGCAGUAGUAGUAGUAGUAGUAGUAGUAGUAGUAGUAGUAGUAGUAGUAGUAGUAGUAGUAGUAGUAGUAAGAGUAGUAGUAGUAGUAGUAGUAGUAAUAGUAAU